GUGGGUUGUCAGUGGGUGCGACUGGAGCAAAGGAGAUAUAAACAUUUUGCAAAACAAACUCCUGGGGGUCUGCCUAGUUUUGGGGAGGGACAAAAUGCGAGGGAACAGGAGGACUCAACAGAAAAUAGUCCACAUGGAGAGGGCAUUUGGAAUAGUUGAAUGAAUGGUAUAUGGGCAAGUUUGAAAGUUGACAGACGAAUUGAGCAAUGCGUGUUUUGCAAGUUAUUAUUUUAAAAUAUUGAUUUAGUUGGUUUUAGGGUAACGUAUGAUGUAACGUGGCUAGUCAGCUACAGUAGUUGAAGACUUUGAACAGAACACGAUACAGUGGGACAGUGAGCGCUUUAGCUCGCAACACCUCAGUGAACUGCCAGCUUUGCUUAGACUAGCAAGAACACUUCUCUUUCAGUUUAUCUUUACUCUUCUUUACGCUGUCGUCGAAUUUGUCUUACAUUUCACAGAUAAGCUUGUUGCUAACGGUUUGAUUCCUGUCAAGUUUAACUUGUGGUUGUUGGACAUGGUUUUCAAUAACAGCUAGCUAGCUAAAGUUAGUCAGCCAUCAUUAAUUUGUAUUUUUCAACGUUGGACGGACUGAAUGUUCACCUGUGGGAUACUUAACGUUACUGUCAGUAAACAGCAACAAGACAACAUCAACGUUGUAUUUUAAACACGAGACAACAUGCAAAAGUUCAACUCGACACACACCAGUACUCUUCCUCGGGACGCUGAGCUUCAGCAGCGUUUAGCCGACAACGGGGGAGCCGGGGAGGCGAUGAAGGAAAACGGCGCUGGGAAGAAUCACAUCCUUGCAGAACCUGCAGACAGUUCACUCUGUACCAAGAGAAAGAUGCUGGUCGGCUUGGAUGUUUUCUGUCUGUUUGUAGCCUCCAUCCCGUUCUUUGCGUGUGAGUUGAAGGCGGUGACUCCGUACCGGAGGGGUUUCUUCUGUGGGGACCAGAGCAUCACCUACCCCUACCUGGAGAGAGAGGCCAUCCCUGACGCACUGCUCAUCGCUGGGGGCAUCGUCAUCACUGGCCUCACGAUUGCGCUGGGCGAGUGUUACCGGGUCCGAUUUCGUGAGGUGCAAUCACGGGCCUUCGUGCACAACCUCUACGUGUCCUGCCUCUAUAAGGAGCUGGGAAGCUUCCUGUUCGGCUGCUGCGUGGGCCAAUCAUUGACCAACAUGGCCAAGCUGAGUGUGGGGCGCCUGCGACCUAACUUUCUGUCGGUGUGCAACGUGACAUACGCCUCGCUCAACUGCGUCCCCGGCUCCUACGUGGCCCAGGUCACCUGCAGGCAGCCCAAACACAAGAUGGUGGAGGAGGCCAGGAAGUCCUUUUUCUCUGGCCAUUCCUCCUUUGCCAUGUACACCAUGCUCUACCUGGCGUUCUACCUGCAGGCGCGGUUGUCAUGGCGAGGGGCUCGUCUGCUGCGCCCGCUGCUGCAGUUCCUGCUGGUGAUGAUAGCCGUGUACACCGGGCUGAGCCGCAUCUCUGACUACCGCCACCACCCCACCGACGUGAUCACCGGCUUCAUCCAGGGAGGCCUCACCGCCUACUGGGUGGCCUUCUAUAUUUCCUCCAUGUUUAAGAACAACCGUCCAGACCUGCCUCCCACCAGCAUGUCUCUGGAGAGCCCCCUGUCUAGCCAACAGACCGUCUGCUAGCACCACCUGCCCCAACACACCCCUCCUCACUUACCUGGACGGAUGGGAGAAAAGACAGAAAGAGAGAGAGAGGGAGAGACAGUCAGAUAGCAGAGGUGAGCAGCACAGGGAGGGAGACAAGGUGUGUGAAAAGGAAGGGGGAUGAGAUAAGAGGUAGAGCAGGUAAAGAGUGUUCUAGCAAGUACACACAUGUUCUGAUGAAUACGUCAAGACACGCACGCACACGUAGUGUCACCCCUCUCUCUCACUAACACACACACACACACACACCAAAUCACUGUAGAGUACAACCCGUCCACAUGGAGAUAUGCAUAGUAAUUUUACAGAUAUUUUGUAUAUGAAAAACGACAAAUGUUUCUAUUUUUCAAAUGAGAGUCGUAGAUGAAGCUGCUAAUGAUAAUGAUUUUUUUCCUGUUCUAAGUAGAAAAUGUUUUAUAUGUGAUGGUGGUUAGUGGGCAGUGCAUUAGGUUAGCUCUCACAAACACACGGUCAGUCAGUGUCUCUAAAUCAUCUUCAUUGGUCAUUUGACCAGCCUGGAUGAUGACAUCAUCAGCUGGACUCCACUUCUUCAGCUUGACGUCCCCUGACUCUAAUUCUGCGGAUGUCUCAUUGACGUCCCCUGACUCUAAUUCUGUGGAUGUCUCAUUGACGCCCCCUGACUCUAAUUCUGUGGAUGCCUCUCCAUCCUUCACCCUCUAACUACACAGCAACUAAUAGAGGAUGUCAUGGACAAAGACAAAAGAGAACACUUUGUAUUAAACCAAGUAUCUUAACUUCAGUUACCCAGGAGUGAUAGGGUGGAAAUCUGCUUUGCCCAGGUUACGUCCCCUCCCCUUCACUCCCACGCUUUUCCAUGUCUGUACUCUGUACUAACCACUUAUUACUCUGUCUCAGAGGCGGAGCUAUGACUGAACCCUGUAACCUUUGACCUAUUACCCUGACCUCUGAGCUGCACCUUGAGUUAUGCCACUCUCACAGGGGAGCCAAAAUGGCUGCCUCGUGUUGCCUAUGGCAGAGGUCCCCUGUAUAUUCCUAUUAAUAGCACUUGAACUACAUAAUGGAACCUACUCUGAUAGUAUAAUUGAUAUUAUAUAUAUUUUAUCUCAAGUUUGAAUAAUCAGUGUUUUAUUUCUCUUAAUAUGUCACUCUCAUACGGUAUAUGUUUUAGUUUUUUUCCAAAUGAUAAUUAUUCAAAUUGAAUGUAAAUAGAUAUGUCUUUUUUAUAAACCACACAGAAUUUCAAAAGUAUUAUUAGUGCCAUUUUUGGACAGUUUUUUUUCACGUUUAUGUGUUAUGUGUCUGUGUUGUUGAUCAGGUACGCAGAGUUGUUGUUAUUGUCAUAGCGACUAGACUGAGCCAGAGCUAUUAUCAGAAAGCUAUUUCGUGUUUCCAGUUUUGUGUUUUUUGUUUUCUCUGUGAAUGCCAGAAUGGCUGAACAUAACCACUGUACUCAAAAAACCAAACCAAUAAAAUGAAUGUUGAAUCUUUUGA